GAAAGCACGCGGCUAUUGGAACGACCUGUUCUUGUUUUACCAUUCUACUUGAUGUCUGUCAUGUAUGCCAACUCUUCCAAGCUCCCGCAGGGUCUUUCUUUAAGGUACCCCAGUAGAUAUCCUUCAAUACCGGUACUACCCUUCAAUUAGAUCAUCUUAUGACAUAUUACCUCAUCGAUGAAAUGUUAUAAGUAGCCUUCAAAUAUUCUUCGUAUCUAUCUGUUCAUAUCAAACAAACACUCAAUCCUACAACUAGCUUCUACAUAACAAUCCUGCAACAAAGAUAUAAACAAUUUGAACAUGUCUACAUAUAACAACGACGAUAGCUACGACACCACUGGUCGUCGUGGUGCUCCUUCCAGCGCCGACGAUUCCUUCGCAAACACCUCAGGUGGUUUUGGGAAUGAGAGCCGUGGCAAUACCACUAGUGCCCAGGGCAUUGGAGGCACAGGGACAUUUGACGACCAGGAUUCUGGAGCAUAUGGAGGAUCUUCUACUCAAGAAAGCCGUGGCUUCAACACCGGAAACUCUGGAGGAUUGAGAGACAACGAGUUUGGCUCGAGCAAUUCCAAGUAUGGAGGAGAUCUCGGCGAUGAUACUAACAACUUCGGAACUGGUAGAAGUGAGCGAACUUCAGGAUUAGGCGACAACACCUCUUCUGGCUUUGGAAAUACUUCAACCUCCCACUCUGGCUACGAUGACAACACCUCAUCUGGUCUUGGUAAUUCGGGAAUUGGUGGAGCUUCCUCCGGUUAUGGAGACAACACAUCUUCAGGCCUUGGCAAUAAUUCUACUUCUCGUUCUGGAUAUGGAGGAGACAAUUCAACUGGUUUGGAUAGUUCAAGAUCAGGCUAUGGAGACAACACUUCUUCUGGAUUUGGUGAUAAGACCUCCACUGGCUACGGAGAUAGUACUUCAAAAUCAGGCUAUGGGGACAACACUUCUUCUGGAUUUGGUGAUAAGACCUCCACUGGCUACGGAGAUAGUACUUCAAAAUCAGGCUAUGGAGACAACACCUCUUCUGGAUAUGGCGACAACCCUUCUUCUACUCUUGAUUCCUCUCGCACCGGAUACGGUGAAAACACAUCCAGCGGCAUUGGUGGAAACACCGACUCAUAUGAUUCCAACAAGACCCGCUCCGGUAACACCUACGGUUCUUCUGACAACACUGGCUCGCGCGACUAUGAUAACACCUCGAGCUCCAAUACUGGAAAGACUGGUGAUUCUACCGUGGGCAAGAUCAUGGAAAAAGCUGGACAUGUACUUCAUAAGGAGAAUUUGGUCCAGAAGGGCGAGGCUAAGCGUGCCGCUGCUGGAAGUGAUAAUUACUAAUUUUGGUGUGUCACAAGGGGAAGGAUAAAUUGAUAUAUUAUCUUGUAUGAUAGUUUGCUGGUUUGAUUUUAGCAGAUAUGAAUUAAUGACUAUUUAAUUUUUGCGUAUCUUCAUUUCCA